UAGAGCAAGGGAGGGAAGGGGAGGGGGGUGACUCGCGAGUGGCUGUGUGCUUCAGACUCGCAGCGAGCGAGGCGAUCAUGGCGGAUGGCCCCAGGUGUAAGCGCAGAAAACAGGCCAACCCGAAGCGGAGCAGCGUGACGAACGUAAACGGCGGCUUGGAGGCCAGCAGCUCCGACUCAGACGAUGACGACAAGCUACACAUCGUGGAGGACGAAAGCCCGCCGGACGCUGAAGAGUCCGCAGUGGCGAGGGGGGACCGCCGUGACGCCAAAAACGCAACAGAUGCCAACAACACAGUAUUAACACACAAUGGAGCUUGGAAUGGAGUGAAAGAGGAGUGUGCGUCCAAAGAAGAAGAAGAAGAAGAGGAAGACGAAGACGAAGAAGAUGGGAAAGGAGGAGAAAGACGAGGAGACGUGGAGCCACAGCGUGGAAUGAAGAAAGAAUUGGCGGUGGAGGAGCUCCUCCAGAAAGGAGACACGGCCGUGAUCUACCCAGAAGCCCCAGAUGAUCAGCAGAGUCCUGCGGAAACGGCGGGCGUUGACGAAAACGGCACCCCAGACGGCCUUCAGCUGCACACGUGUCCGUACUGCUCGCGAGGCUACAAGCGCAACGCUUCGCUCAAGGAACACAUCAAGUACCGGCACGAGACCAGCGAAGACAACUACAGAUGCUCUCACUGCAGCUACACCUUCACGUACCGCUCGCAGCUCGAGAGGCACAUGAGCCACCACCGGGGCAGCAAGGAGCAGGGACGUCACGUGCAGCCUUCCGGUGGCGGCGGCGGAAGUGGAGGAGGAGCCCGCAAGUUUAAGUGCACUGAGUGCUUCAAAGCCUUCAAGUAUAAACACCACCUGAAGGAGCACCUGCGCAUACACAGUGGUGAGAAACCAUACGAGUGUGCAAAUUGCAAGAAGCGAUUCUCACACUCGGGCUCGUACAGUUCACACAUCAGCAGCAAGAAGUGCGUGAGCGUGGCCAGCGCCCCCAACGGCCUCUCGCGUAAGUCCGUCAAGCCACUGCCGUCGUCUGCUGACAUCCCAGGGGUUGCCGUCGCCUCUGGCCGCAUGGUCCUGAAGGAGAAGCCGGAAAGCAAACCCCUUCAAGAGCAGCUCCCCGUCACGCAAAUUAAAUCGGAAGCAACCGAGCUUCCCUGCAAGCCGGCCGUGGCGGCGGCACCAUCGGCCAAUGGGGCGGCGCCGCAGCCGCAAUCGCUGUCACAGGGUGUAGCUAUGGUGCUCCCCACAGUGGGGCUGGUGCCGCCUAUCAACAUCAAUCUGAGUGAUCUGCAGAACGUCCUCAAAUUGGCUUUGGAUGGGAACGUUUUGAGACAGGUGCUGGGUACUGCUAAUGGGGCUACAGUCCAGGGCAAGCCGGGCAUUGUGGUCCAGCAGCCUCAGCAGCAGAUCAUUAGCCUGCCCGCCUUUGUUGACCACGAUGGGACCACCAAGAUAAUCAUCAACUACAGCAUCGGACCCGCGCCUGCCACCACUGCUGCUACUACUGCUACCACCACCCAACCAAUGCCUCUUUUUGUCAAAAACAACCUGGUCCCAGCUGCACCCAUCCCGACCAAAACUGACAAGCCACCCACUCCCAAGGUUGACCUCAGCCUGGUGAAGGAGGAGCCCGAAGAGUCGGUGCUCAUCACGGAAACAAAAACAGACCAAGUGAAGAGCAUCAAGACAGAAGAUGCUGAAGUGCUCCCACCCGACACCGGAUCCAGUACUUGUUCACUGUGCGACGAGUGCCCUGAGAACCUGGAGGCGCUGCACUUGCUCCAGCACCACAAGGCAGCCAACGGGGAGGCUGUGGACUCGGCCGCCUUGGACCCGUCUUUCGCUGCCUUGCUCAGCGAUGCCGGUGUGACGUUGGCACAGGAGCCAGCUGUGGAUGAUCUCCUGACCCUCCUUAAGACCUACUUCGCCUCCAAUGCUAACCCUGACCAGGAAGAGCUAGAAAAGCUAUCAGACUCUGUUAGGAUUCCUGUGAACGUGGUGCGGAAGUGGUUUGCCAAAAUGAAUUCUGGAAAAAAAAUCUGUCAAGACGAGGAGCUGUCCAAAAAGACUGAACCCCUAAACUGUGAGUCAGAGGCCACCAAACAAGUCUCGUGUCAAUCCCCAUCUGAUUCCCCAUCGUUGAACACCAGCGACUUGGUCAUCAUCAAAAGCGAACCAGAGGACCCAGAGACUCUGGACUCCCAGGCUGAACCCUUGGACCUAUCCCUCCCGAAACAAGUUCCCACUCCCACAUCCGCUGCACCCCCAGAGGACACGCCAACUUCCAAAAAACCACAGCAACCUGUGUCCCUAGCCUGCCUAAGGAAGGAGCAGGUGGGUGGUCGCACUAUCUACGUGGCCACGCCUCAGACGCACCGAACCGCCGUCAACAUCGUGCCCACCUCACAGCUGCCCACUUUGGUGGCCAUCACAGGUCAGGGGCCAGUUGGCUGCCUUGGCACCAUUGGGGGCUCGGCCAAGCGCACCAUUCUUAUCCCACAGCUCACCUACACCUAUGCCCACUCGGCUGGUACUGCGGCCAAGACGGUUGUGCUCAAUGGACACAAGACACCGGAAACGAGCUCCGAUGGCGCGGCGGAAGAACAAAGAGAUGUGGUGAUGAAGAAGCCACGUCUGGAAAACGGCGUCUACUCUUGCGACCUGUGUAACAAGGCCUUCCAGAAGGGGAGCUCCUUGCUCAGGCACAAAUACGAACACACAGGAAAGCGUCCUCACGAGUGCCCGGUGUGCCAUAAGGCCUUCAAGCACAAGCAUCAUCUGAUUGAGCACUCACGCCUGCAUUCCGGCGAGAAACCCUACCAGUGCAACAAGUGCGGAAAGCGCUUCUCGCACUCGGGCUCCUACUCGCAGCACAUGAACCACCGCUACUCCUACUGCAAGCGGGACGGCUCCGAUUAUGGCUCCAGUCCGGACGCCGACGCCACUCCCGCCACAGUCGACGCGGGAAGCCCGAGCGCCGCGCUGGACUCGGACGUCGGCGAGAGCGAGGACGAUGACGAAGCCAUGUGUGUCGACGACAUCCGGGUCGUGCAGGUGGACGACGGCGAGUGCGAGAUCUACGAGGGCAACUUCGAUGAUGAUGACGAUGACGACGAGGACGACGGUGAUGAUGAAGAAGAAGACAACGUAGAGAAGGGUGUUGAAAAAGAAGAAGCGCAUGAAGAAGAAAAGGAGAAAAACCUGGAUGUGGAUGAGUUCGCUUGCCAGGUGGUCGAGGUGGAACUGAAGGACGAGCAAACGCCGGAGUCCGCUGUCGAGGACAAGGCGGAUAAGGCAGAAGCGGCCGGCGUCAACCUUGAGCAGAUGGCGGACUGCACUUACAAACGCAUCAGGGACUGGUCGGACAGCGAGGAAUCCUCCGACGAUCAAGCUGUGACGGACAGCAAAUAAGCCAACCCUCCCCCUUUUGAAAGCCGCGGCUCCAGAUCGAACUCUGGCUUUCACUGCGGUUCCGGUUCCAGGUCUGGCUCCAGAUCAGGUUUAGUAUGAAAAAUGAACCCACCCUAUGGCUGCCCCACUAAAAUUUGCAUCUAAUGAAAAUAAAUUCAUGUCCUCGACUGGUUAGUCACGGUAAGGGAUAAGGUUGGUAAUGUACGCUAUUUUAGUCAUUUAGUUAACUUUUUUUUUUUUUUUGUCACGGAACCCCACAAAGGUUGAAAAUCGCCUAUAAAUGCCACAUGAUGGCUCCAAAGCACUCAUUUUGUUGAAAUGCAAGUUUUCACCUGACUCGAAAGUACCACGAGCACCAAAUGAAGAGUUUUAGUCGGUUUGGCUUGAGCAAAGAAACUGAAUAAGUGAAGAUGGCUUCCCCUUCCCAAAAAUCAUAUUUGGUGAUUUUGCAACCGCCUGAUUCACGCAACAUGAGGGUCUGUGUGUUUUUAAGGAGGUGGUGGGUUCAUAUUCUGCGGGGGUCCACUUAGAUUUACAUCAGGCUCUGACUCCGAGUUCACUUCCAGAUCGGAGUCGGACUCUGCCUCCGGUUGGCUGCUUUUAAACGGUCCACUACUGUGUCCAAACACCUGGGUGUGCCUGAACUAUUUUUCUUUCUCUUGCAAUUAUCAGUGUUACAAAUAUUUUAUGUUUAUUAUGUUUAUAGAAACUUUGCUCCCUGUUACUAAUUUGAAUUUUUAAAAACUUUUUUUUGUUUUUGUUUUUUAACGUGUUGCCAAUGUUUCCGACACCAGUAUUUUCCUUGAGUUCUCCGAACAAAAAUCGCUGCACUACGGUUUUUCCCCAUUGUCACCUUUUCAGUGUUAUCUACCGUUAGCUGACGUCAGCUGGAGUUUGUUUUUGUUUUUGACUGUUAGCCUUAAAGAAAAGGAAAAAAAAAAACUAAACAAAAACAUUUCCUCCACCCACCCGCGAGCAAAAUGGGCGGCGCCCCUGCCUUAUGCAAGACUUGCGUGCUGUUAAAGUGCCAUUGAAUAUUGUCGUCGUCGUCGCCUCACCCAGCGUGGAGGAUGUUAAUAAGCGUCUGUUACCGUACGUUAGCCGUUACUUUGCGUUUCAUACGAUGCUCUCGUUCUCUGUUACAAGCGCCACGUUCGCACCCGUCUGACCGCCUGCUAACCGCAGCCGCCGUCAAAUAUUUACGUCAUUUGAAUGAUUUAUUUUAUUUUUUUAAAGAUUUUGUUACGUCUCAAAAGCAGUAAAAGCGCGUCUCUAAAAUAAAAUGAAAAUCGUCAAUUUUAAAAAAUGAUCACAUUUUUAAAAUUCAUUGCACUGGAAGUGACAGUUGUAGUAGGGACACAAUUUAAUGAUUUUCUAUAUUUUUACCCCUUCCCCACAAAAAAGUUUUUUUAAGCAGUAAAAGUCUAUAUCUUUUAUCUGUUUUUUUUUUUUACAUUGAAUAAGAUAUGCUACAUUUUUUCAUUAUAAUUCAUAUAGCAAUAAAACUUGUAUACUUACAUAAUUUUAGUUUUUUAACUAAUUCAGAUUGCUGUACAUUUUCAACUGUUUUUAAAUUUAAUUUUGAUUACUAGAACAGAAAAAAAGUUUACAAGUUAACCUUUUUUCAGUCGACUUCCCAAUUUUCGAGAUUUGCCAUUUCUUUGUAAAAUCAGGGCCAACAUUUUGAAAAUUGCAAAAAAAAAAACAAAAUCCUUACACUUUUUAAAUAAUCUUCAAUUUGUGACGAAAUAGUGCUCGUUUACUUAUAAAAUCUACUGGAUUGCUACACAAUUUACCUUUCAGUUCUUUUUAAAUUAUAUUUAAUUUUAAAAUAUUUAGCUAAAAAUGUAUUUGAUUACAAAAAAGUAAAGGUUUUCAAGAUUACAUCAUCAAAAAAAAUCAACCACUACGUGAAAUUAUUUUAUUUUUUUACUCUUUAAUUGUGAUUUGUAAUCAGUUCCAUUUAAAAAGUUUUUGAAACAAUUUGAGCGCACAAUUUCUCAUCAGUCCUUUUCAACUGGUAAAAAUUGAAGUAUACAUUAAAAAAUAUAAAAAAAUGAAAUUUUCUAUAUUUAAAAAAAUAUAUGGAAUUUACAUUUUCUAUAACACCCCAAUUGUGAAGCAGGAAAAGCUCAAAUUUACAAAUGUCACGUACAACCCCCCCGGCUCCCAAAUAAAAAAAAAAACGCUUUAAAAUGUCCCUUUGAUGUUCCACCUAAAGUGAAGUGACAUCGACUUGACACAGUGGAUUGGAUUUUUGUCCCCCUUGCGCACUUCAACGAUGUCUGCGAUUUGUUGCAAUUUCAUAAAGUUAAAGCUUGAGUUUGUUUGAACAAAAAUGUAAAUCAACAUUUACCCCAUCUUAUUUCCAUUUGAAAUGGGCAAAACUCAGGUUUACAUCUUUAAAAUCAGCUCCAGUUAUUUUUUUUUUCUGCAAUGUUGUUUAACCUUAAGGGUAAUAGCUCAUUUAAAACGACUUACCAUCAUUUUUGAAAGUUUUUUUAUUUGAUCCCUUUUGUGCACUUGUUCUGUUUGAAAGAGUCAGCGCGCUGUCCCGCACUUUGGGUGGCAAACGUUGGCGAACGUGGCGCUCGCCUGCUCCCCCUGUUUAUUACUUUACCGAAACAGUAUUUGUUUUGUCGUUGGAUUUGAGCAUGUGUUUUUAACAAAGCCAGUAUUACAAAGUCUUUACACAACGUUUUAUAUAUAUAUAUAUAUAUAUAUAUAUAUAUAUAUAUAUAUA